UCUCAGGGGAGAUAAUAUUAUUUGGAUAACAAGCCUUACACACGCAGUAUAAUAUAUGAUCAUUGUUCAAGGCCAGUAUCUUACUGGUACAGUAUUUGAAAAUCGCCUCAGAUAUGUGUUCAUAUAAAGCCGAUUUAACAUUUCGGAGUCGUCACAAGAAUGAACACAUGUGUCACUGGAAUCUGCUUGCUAGAUCACGACCCGAGAUCACGACAUACGGACAAACGGACGGACAGGAACUCUUCCUUCUACGUGUUACAUGCUUUCAACAAAUCAUUUAUACCCUUUCACUCUGCCACGCGUAUUUAUAUUGAUCUAUUGACGAUCUUCACCCAAUAUAUAAAGCUUCGUCCGCCUCUAUAUAGUCAAGGAACAGAGUCCACUGGGGGCAACAUGCUUGCGCGAAUGGGCUGCAUGGACUGCUGCCUGACGGAAGAGGCUCGUGAGGGAAGGCGUAUCAAUAGAGAAAUUGAAAAGGUCUUGAGAGCGGAUAAGAAAAAAGCACGGCGUGAGCUCAAAUUGCUGGUACUGGGCACAGGCGAAUCUGGCAAGACCACAUUCAUCAAACAAAUGCGCCUUAUUCACGGCGACGGUUUUUCGGACAAGGAACGGAAGCAGUUCACCAAGAAAAUUUUCCAAAACAUAUUCAUGGCCAUGCAGUCGAUGAUCAGUGCAAUGGAUGUUCUGAAGAUACCCUACGGUCAGCAGGAGCAUAGUAUACUUGCCGAUCUGGUGCAGAGCAUCGACUACCACACGGUUACCAGGCUGGAGGCCCCCUAUUUGAGUGCCAUCAAAACGCUUUGGACCGAUGAUGGCAUCCAGGAGUGCUAUAAUCGUCGUAGGGAAUACCAGCUGACUGAUUCAACUGCAUACUUUUUGGAGCACUUAAAUCGAAUUGAAAAGACUGAUUACCAGGCAACUGAUCAGGAUAUUCUUUAUGCUCGAGCGCCAACAACCGAUAUCGUUGAGUAUCCAUUCAAAUUGGACGGUUUUCUGAUAAGAAUGGUGGACGUAGCUGGUCAACGAGGGGAGAGACAAAAGUGGAUUCAUUGCUUUUCCAAUGUGACAUCAAUUAUGUUUUUGGUUGCGUUAUCCGAGUUUGAUCUAUCCUUGGCUGAAGAUAAGAAUGAUAACCGGAUGGAGGAAUCUAAGGCUUUAUUUGCACAGAUUAUUUUGUGUCCGUGGUUUCAAAAAUCGUCAGCUAUUCUGUUUCUUAACAAGGAGGAUUUAUUUGAGGAGAAAAUAAAAUCUACGCAUUUGGCAGACUAUUUUCCUGAAUACAAUGGUCCAAGGAUGGAUGCCAAGGCAGCCCGAGCAUUCAUACUGCAAAUGUUUAUUGACACGAUUUCUGAUCCUUGCAAGAUUAUCUAUCCUCAUUUCACCAUUGCUACGAAUACCGACAAUAUUAGGUUUGUGUUCACUGUUGUUAAAGACACAAUUCUAGAAACGCAUCUGAGGGAAACUAAUUUGCUGUAAACUCGUUUUCUAAAUAUAUUGAUGAGGAACGAGG